AUGAAGGCUCUCAUUCUUGUCGGCGGCUUCGGCACGCGUCUUCGGCCUCUUACCCUCUCUAUUCCCAAGCCCCUCGUCGAGUUUGGCAACAAGCCCAUGAUCCUGCACCAGAUCGAGGCACUGGCCGAUGCAGGAGUUACCGAUGUCGUUCUCGCCGUCAACUACCGUCCUGAACUGAUGGAGGACCGUCUAUCUGAGAUUGCCACCAAGUUUGGCAUUAACAUCACAUUCUCUAUCGAGACCGAGCCCCUGGGCACUGCCGGCCCCCUGAAGCUGGCUGAGGAUGUCUUGCGCAAGGAUGAGUCUCCUUUCUUCGUCCUCAACUCCGACGUCAUUUGCGAAUUCCCCUUUAAAGAGCUGGCAGGGUUCCAUAAGGCGCACGGUGACGAGGGUACGAUUGCUGUCACCAAGGUCGAGGAGCCGUCCAAGUACGGUGUCAUUGUCCACAAGCCCGACCACCCGUCGCGCAUCGACCGCUUCGUUGAGAAGCCCGUCGAGUUUGUUGGCAACCGCAUUAACGCCGGCCUGUACAUCUUCAACACCUCCGUGCUGGACCGCAUCGAACUGCGCCCCACGUCGAUUGAACAGGAGACUUUCCCUGCCAUGGUCACCGAUGGCCAAUUGCACUCGUUUGACCUGGAGGGCUACUGGAUGGACGUUGGCCAGCCCAAGGACUUCCUGACCGGUACAUGCCUAUACCUGUCCUCCCUGACGAAGCAGGGCUCGAAGCUGCUCGCGCCCUCGACCGAGUCCUACGUGCACGGUGGCAACGUCCUGAUCGACCCUACUGCCAAGAUUGGCAACAACUGCCGGAUAGGUCCCAAUGUGACCAUUGGCCCCGGUGUCGUUGUCGGCGACGGCGUCCGCCUGCAGCGCUGCGUCCUGUUGGCCGAAUCUAAGGUGAAGGACCACGCCUGGAUCAAGAGCACCAUUGUCGGCUGGCACAGCACCGUCGGCCGCUGGGCCCGCCUGGAGAACGUUACCGUCCUGGGUGACGACGUCACUAUCGGCGACGAGGUCUACGUCAACGGCGGCAGCGUGCUUCCCCACAAGAGCAUCAAGGCGAAUGUCGACAGACCCCAAGUCAUUAUGUAA